AUGGAGCUGAAGCGCUCAGCCCAUCGCAGACCUCAAAUCCCCAGAGGCCCGUGUUAUCUCUGUCUGUCGAAGAGGUCAGGAUUUUCAGUCAAAACUGUUUUGGGUGCAGCAAUGUGUUUUCUCCAUGCCGCCUCUUUAUACUUCUCUAAAGAGCCCAAAUCCCAGGAUGCCUUGCAUGGUCGGAGCGCCAUGCUGCGCUGUGAGGUGAGUGACCCGGUCAACGUGGUCUACUCCUGGCUCCAGAACGGACAGCCGGUGGUCGACUCGGACCGUCGCUUCCAGGAGGGCAGCAACCUGAAGUUCACGGCUGUAGACAGGCACCUGGACACCGGCAACUUUCAGUGUGUAGCCUCCAACAUGGUCAAUGGAGAACAAGCUUUAUCAGCCAACUCAUCCUUUAACAUAAAAUGGUUGGAGAGUGGGGCAGUGACUCUAAAAGAUCCCGCCUCAGAGGCGGAGAUUGAGAGCUCCUCUCCAGUCACAUUACGGUGCCACAUUGACGGACACCCAAGGCCGACCACUAAGUGGUACAGGGAUGGUGUUCAGGUGCCCAGUAAAGAGCGGACCCUGACUCUGAGUAGCCCCACUCCGGAGGACAGUGGAGAGUAUUACUGCUGUGCCAGGAAUGCCGCCGGACAAGUCUGCAGCAACAGCAACUACACUCUCAGCAUCAUAGAUAAGAGUUUCCCCCGUGCUGUCGUCACACCGGAGGACCAGGUGGUCCUGAGGAACGAGGAGGCCUUUUUCCACUGCCAGUUCUCUGCCAAACCCCCACCCACUGUCCAGUGGUUCCAUGAGAAAGAGCUUGUCGUCAACAAAUCACGGGUCUUCUUGUUCAGCAAUGGCUCCCUCCUCAUCACCCAGGUGAAACCACGCAGCACUGGCACAUACAGGUGUGUUGCCAAAGACCAUAGAGGAGCCAAUUCUGUCAGUGUGGAGGCCACCCUCAGAAUAGCAGAGAUAGAGGACAUGGGGGGAAGCAUGUCUCGGGUGUUCCCAGUGGACACUCUUCAGCGGGUAGCUUGUCAACCCCCAAGGGGGCUUCCUGAACCUGAGGUGUGGUGGGAACGUGAGGGGGUUCGGGUGCCCUCCGAGGGCAGGGUACGUCAGGAAGGUAACGAGCUGAUGUUCAGCCCCACCGAGGGCGGAGACUCCGGCACUUACACAUGUGUGGCCCAGAACAAAGCAGGACAGAAAAGACAGGAGCUGGCCGUCACAGUGGCCACUGCUCCUGUUUGGGUCACUAAACCUGAGGACUCUUACAUGGAGGAAGGGAAACCAGGGUACCUGCACUGCCACGCCCAGGCUACCCCUGCUCCUGAGGUCAUGUGGUUCAGAAAUACCGUUCCCAUCAACCCUGAGGACAGUCGUUUUAAGCUCUUCCCUAACGGUACUCUGAAGAUUAAUAAUGUGGAGGUGUAUGAUGGUUUGGUCUAUGCCUGUGAAAGCAAGACUGAGGGAGGCCACCUCAGAGCACAGGCCAGAGUCUUCAUACUGGAGAAGCUGAAGUUCACUCCCACGCCGCAGGCGGCUCAGUGUUUGGAGUUGGACAGAGAGAGUAACAUACAGUGUUCUGCCACCGGCCAAGAGAGUCCCACUAUUCACUGGACUAGAUCAGACGGCAGUGAAAUCCCAUCUCACGUGGAUCAGACAAACGGUGUACUUCGUUUCUCAAAGGUGAGACGCAGUGACGCGGGGAACUACACCUGUGUGGCCUCCAACAGUCUACAGGGAGAGAUCAGAGCGUACGUCUCUCUCACUGUCGCAGUGUAUAUCCAGUUUAAACUGGAACCUGAACACACCACAGUGUACCAGGGUCACACAGCCACCCUGCACUGCCAGGCCAGUGGAGACCCACAACCAUCCAUCCAAUGGAUGGUCAAAGACAAAGUACUGGCCACCAGUGCCGGGAGGUUUCAAGUGAUGCCCAACGGUUCUCUGGUCAUUAAUGACGUGAUUACUGACGACACUGGGAGGUAUACAUGCGUUGCUGGAAACAGCUGCAGCAUCAGUGACCGAGUGGCUCAGCUCUAUGUCGUGGAAAAGCCAGCCCUGACCCCGAGUGAGGAAGAGGAGAAGACUCCAUAUAAGAUGAUCCAAACCAUCGGACUGUCUGUGGGUGCAGCCGUGGCCUACAUCAUCGCUGUGCUUGGACUCAUGUUCUACUGUAAACAGAGACGUGACGCAAAGAGACAGCAAAAGGGCCAGGAUGCAGAGGAGCCAGAGAUGGAAUGCCUUAAUGGGGGCGCUGUGCAGCAGAAUGGCCAUACUACAGCAGUGAUCCAGGAAGAGGUGGCACUGGGUAGUCUGGCUACCACAGCAACAGCUGAAAAACAUCAUAGCACCAAUGAAAAGUCCCACUUUCCUAGAGAAGACUUAACUACUAUCACAGUACUGGGUAAAGGGGAGUUUGGUGAGGUGUUUCUGGCUAAAGCGAAGGGUAUUGAGGAGGGAGAGGAGGAGUCGGUGGUGUUGGUGAAGAGUCUACAGGUGCGCGAUGAGCAGAGACAGACGGAUUUCCGCCGGGAGGCUGAGAUGUUUGGCAAACUGAACCACACAAACAUAGUGAGACUUCUAGGCCUGUGUAAAGACUCUGAGCCCCACUCCAUGAUCCUGGAAUACCUAGACCUGGGAGAUCUGAAGCAGUUCCUCAGAAUCUCAAAAAGCAAAGAUGAGAAAAUCAGCACCAAAACCAAGGUGUCCAUCUGUGUGCAGGUUGCUCAGGGCAUGGAGCACCUGUCCAACCAUCGCUUUGUUCACAGAGACCUGGCCGCCAGGAACUGCCUAAUCAAUGGCCAGAGACACGUCAAAGUGUCUGCACUCAGCCUCUGUAAGGACGUCUACAACAGUGAGUACUACCACCACAGGCAGGCCUGGGUCCCUCUGCGCUGGCUGCCAACAGAGUCAGUUUUUGAAGACGAGUACUCCACCAAAUCAGAUGUCUGGGCUUUCGGUGUGCUCAUGUGGGAGGUGUUCAGCCAUGGAGAACUGCCCUACACCAGUCUCAGUGAUGAGGAGGUUCUUGAAGGUCUCCAGGCUGGUAAACUAAAGCUUCCUGCUCCUGAGGGUUGCCCAUCUAAAGUCUACAAGCUAAUGUCUCGGUGCUGGGCUCCCAGCCCAAAAGAGAGGCCAUCCUUCAGCGAAAUACUUCAAGCCCUAGGAGAGCUGCCCUCGGACAGCAAGGUCUGA